UGAAAAAUCACGCUAUCUGGUCUAAAAUUCAUGUCACUGUAAUUGAGUGUGGCUAAUAUGUAUGUUUCCUUUUAGAAAUUUGAAAAUUGUGAUGAUAAAGUGGGAUGCAUCAAAUUUGAUGACGCCUGCACUAACAAGACUAAUUGCAAAGGGAUUGCCAUGUAUUUUUACAACACAACUACAAUGGAGUUUCAUUUUUAUCUUUCCACCAAUCAAAAAUGGAUGGGAUUUGGACAAAAAAGUGGAACGGGAGAAAAAAUGCUUGGACUACGGGGUGUGUAUUGCUCCGCUGUGGGUACCAAUGCAACUGUAUCAUUUUUUGAAGCAACUGCUCCUGUUGGAAAGCCAUCAAUUUUCAAUUCAACUUCUGAGAUUACAGGCGUAAAAGUUAUGCAGACAGGCGUGAAUAAUGGCGUAACGUUUUGCUACAUUACCACAAAGAAGAAUGUGAUGGACAUAAACAAUGUUGUUGUCCACAGUUUCAUCGACAAUCAAAUAAAUGCUAUCGCCUAUGGUGAUGUCGAACCUGCUAGUACUGGCGAACCUACCCAAACACAUACGGCUGCAAAAUUUCUUGGUAUGGUGGAAUGGAUGAGGUUUCGCUCGCCCAAACCUUCAGUGGACCUGUCACUCUUUACGUUACAAAAUUGUAAUAGCAAAGUUGGUUGUCUCCGUGUUGAUGACUGCAACGAUAUCACUAUGUGCAAAGGGAUUGCGAUGUAUUACUACAAUAGAACCACCAUGAAACUACAUUUUUACCUCUCGACCAAUCAAAAAUGGAUGGGAUUUGGACAAAAAAUGGGUGGAGUUGACACCAAAAUGACUGGUCUACGAGGAGUGUAUUGUUCUGCUGUUGGUGCAAAUGCCAAAGUAUCAAUUUUUGAAGCAACUGAACCUACUACAAAGCCAUCGAUUUUCAUACUAGCUUCUGAUAUUUCAGGCGUUGAAGGCGUGCACACAGGAAUUAAUAACGGCAUAACAUUUUGCUAUUUCACUACACGAGAAUCAAUAACUGACAAUAAUAAUUUGGUUGUGCACAACUUUACGGACAGUCAGAUCAACGCUAUCGCUUAUGGUAAUGAUAAUACAGCUGCUACCGGCGAACCACAGACACAACAUACGGGUAGAAAAUUCCUUGGAAUGGCAAAAUGGAUGAAAUUUCCUAUAAAAGAUGAUGGCGGAGAAAAAACGGACAACGGAGGCAAAACUGCUGCUGCUGUGGCAAUGAAAGGAUCAUAUGUUUUGUUACUCUCCUUCGUGUUAACCUUGGUUGCAACUUUUCGAUGCCAUUAAGCGUGGUUACAUGUGGUAUAAUCAUAAACGAAAUGUGAAUGAACAUGGAUAGAACAUUUUUUAUAGGUUUUGCCGUUUUUUUGUUAAUGGUUAAAAAAUAUUUCUG